CAUUUCUCCACAUCUCACGGGACUGGUUCCCCCUAACUUCCCCAUCGAUUGGUGAGUCUGUUUGCAUUCCUCGUCGUUGCCCCGGCCUUCUGUGAAUUCUGUACAGACCCUGCAAGUGCCCCCGCUCUCCGUCCCAGCCCUCUGCCGGGGCUAAACGCUUCCUACCCGAGGUCAGACUUCGACGAGCGGAGGUGCGGCUUUGACUUCCCGAACCGGAGGAAGCGAAGAACGCGGCUCCAGCCGGCUGCCGGGCAGUCAGCAGCCCCCGGGGACUCCGGCAGCCGCGCGCCCCUUCCGAGGGCCCGGGUUCCUGGACCCCACUCUCUACUACCUCCUCCCCGCUGGCGCAGCCUGAGGACUCGCAGCCCCCUCGCCCCGGUACCCUGCGGGGUGUGACCCGUCCCGCCUACGAAGCAGCUCGUGAGUGCUCGCUCUUGGACAGACGUGACCGCGCGCCUGGCCCGCCCCCGAGUAGCGCGGGGGCGGCGGCAGUUCCCCUCCUCGCCGGCUCCCGGCGGCCACCCGCUCUGGUCCGCGCAGGAGCCGCGAGCGGCGCCCGGAUGCGGCAGCCGAGCGAACGCCGGGGGCGCGGCGGGAGACCCGGGGCCGAGCUAGCCCUGGGCGCGCUCAGGGCGCCGGAAGGGGGCUCUGAAUUUCGGUCCCUCCCCCUUUCCCCUCUGGGUCUCGGAGCACUCGGGCUCUCAAACCCUCCUCCUCCCAGGUAUAGGCCAGGAGAGGAGGGCACGUCUCUCCUCCCGGGACCCCACCAUGGGCAAUGCUUCUAAUGACUCCGGGCCCGAGAACUGCGAGACUCGACAGUGGCUCCCCUCGGGCGAGAGCCCAGCCAUCAGCUCGGUGAUGUUCUCGGCUGGGGUGCUGGGGAACCUCAUUGCGCUGGCGCUGCUGGCGCGUCGCUGGCGGGGGGACGCGGGGCGCAGCGCUGGCCACGGCCACCCCAUCUCCUUGUUCCACGUGUUAGUGACCGAGCUGGUGUUCACCGACCUGCUGGGGACCUGUCUCAUCAGCCCGGUGGUUCUGGCUUCGUAUGCGCGCAACCAGACUCUGGUGGCGCUGGCGGCGGAGAACCGCGCGUGCACCUACUUCGCCUUCACCAUGACCUUCUUCAGCCUGGCCACGAUGCUGAUGCUCUUCGCCAUGGCCCUGGAGCGCUACCUCUCCAUCGGGUACCCCUACUUCUACCAGCGCCGCGUCACACGCCGCGGGGGCCUGGUUGUGCUGCCCGCGAUCUACACGGUCUCCCUGUUCUUUUGCUCCUUGCCGCUGCUGGACUACGGGCAGUACGUCCAGUACUGCCCCGGGACGUGGUGCUUCAUCCGACACGAGCGGACGGCAUACCUGCAGCUUUAUGCCACCCUGCUGCUGCUUCUCAUCGUCGCUGUGCUUGCCUGCAACUUCAGUGUCAUCCUUAAUCUCAUCCGCUUGCACCGCCGGGGCAGGAGAAGCCGCUGCGGGCCCUCCUCAGGCAGCGGCCUGGGCGGCCCCCGGCCUCGCAGGAGAGGGGAAAGGCCGUCCGUGGCCGAGGAGACGGACCACCUCAUUCUCCUGGCCAUCAUGACUAUCACCUUCGCCAUCUGCUCCUUACCUUUCACAAUCUUUGCAUAUAUGAAUGAAACCUCUUCCCGAAAGGAAAAGUGGGAUCUCCAAGCUCUUAGAUUUUUAUCAAUUAAUUCAAUUAUUGACCCUUGGGUUUUUGCCAUCCUCAGGCCUCCUGUUCUGAGACUAAUGCGUUCAGUCCUCUGUUGCCGGAUUUCAUUAAAAACACAAGAUGCUACACAAACUUCCUGUUCUACACAGUCAAAUGUCAGCAAACAGUCUGACCUUUGUGAACAGUAGUUAAGAAGUGCUUAGUUGUCCAGCAUCCGGAAGAUCAUUUUGAAAUGAUUCCUUGGAGAAAUGAAAUGUUAGUGUAUAAACAAAAUGAAGCUACACUGAUAAAAUGGAGUAAACAAAUAUGUAAGCAGUGCUUUGGGUUACAGAUGUGCUGACAAGGCACUUCAUGGAAGGUGACAGAAAGGAUCUGUAAAACCUGCGCUCAAUGAGCAUGUUAUGUGGCCUUUAGAAGAACACCAAGUGGAUUUAAGCUCUAGUUGCCUUUUGAUUUAUGCUUUCCUGUUGAAUGUGAAAGCAUGUGGUUUUGUAAUUUGUUUUAAAUCUUAAAAUAGUUGCUGUCUUUUCUGUUUUAAUCUUCUAUGCUACCACAUUAUAAGCACACAGUGUAUAGUCAGACCAGAUAAAACUUUAUAUGUAUUCUCUAGGAAGUCAAUAUGUGGAAGCAACCAAGCCUAUUGUCUCGUGAUUGCUUAAUGAACCCUUUAUUUGGACAAUGAAGUUGUAUAUGUGGACAACUCUCUCCUCACUACAGUAUUACUCUUAGAAGAGCGGUUAAUGUUGGUUAACAUCUUGUCAGCCUCAUCCUGUAGUCCUUUAGGAGCUCCAUGUGAAAUUGUCAAAUAAUUUAUUUUACAAUGUCCUUUUGUGCUGAUAGUAAUCAAGACAAGUUUAGGAAUUUUCUUCUCAACAAGAAAUAAUAGAAAAGGUAUUAAAACAGUUAAUUCUGAUAAUGCCCUUCAUUAUAUUUCCAAGGAAGGAUAUAUGUAGCUUUGUCUGAAGCUGAAUAAUGGGUUGAAACUGAAAAAUUUGGUCAAUUCUUCAGAUAUACUGGAACUCCUCUCAUGCUGGUGUUGGGACCAUGGCUAACAUAAACUUGACAAGAUGCCAAUGUUGUAGCAAAAUUCAUCUGUCUAUAUUUUUAUUUAGGGAACAUGGUUUGACUCAUAUAAUAUAGGAAAUCAUGUAACAGUGAGUCAUAUCUUUAUAUAUGUGUAAAUCUAAGUGUUUGGCGUGGUGGAAACUCAACAUCAAAAUAUUUCAGUGAAUUUGCACUGUUUAAUCGUGUCUUAGUUACUGUGUAAACUCAUCUGAAAUGUUACAAAAAUAAACUAUAAAGCAAAAGUUCAAAAUUGGAAUUGCUUUUGAUGAACUCCCCCAAGUAACAUUUUAUAAUUAGGGUAGACAUAAUAUCUUUUGAAUGAGAUGAAAGUGGAAAAUAUUAUAUUUAGUUUGGCAGGUUUUUCAAUUUUGGUUGUAUUGUAAAUUAGAGUUUAAAAUAGUCAAUAUAAUGUUUGGUAUUAGAGGAUAUUUUUUCCUUCAGUUUUUACCCUUCCUGUAUAAUUAAAAUAGUGGAACUACCUCCCCCACCCCCCCACUGAGUGCUAUUAUUAAAAAAAAAAAGGUAUUAGUUUUUUUUGCAGAUCUCAUUGAAUUGUUUACCCUAAACCAUUUCCUAUAGGAAGCUAUCAAGCUAGAUGAUCAUUUAGAUUCCAAACCAGCACAGACGUCAGUGAACUUUAACACAAAAACACUAUGUCAAAUAUGCUCUUGUUUUAAAAGAAUAAUUAAAUGGUUUGCUUUUCUUCAAAUGUAAACAAGCCAGGCAAAAUUUAACUUAAUUGAAAGCUGGACAUGUAGAUAAAUCUCCUCCAUCUUCCAGGUAUUCUACAGUUAAGAAAUUAUUCUAAAUGGGACUAAUUAUAGGCCCAUAGAUAAUUCCUAAACAUAAAAUUCUGAGGUUACUUUGAAUCUAGAAGAUUAAUGCUUUUUAUCAGAUGAUAUUUUUUCUCCCCAAAAAAUGUUAACUUUACCCACUGCCCAGAGAAAUUCUAGAAUAAUGCUUGAGAUCUUAAAAAAGAAAGAAAGAAAAGCAAAAUUGGCCAUAUUGCUGGUGAGAAUAGAAGAGCAGAAGGAUUCACUCUGAGAGCCCAAAGUAUAUGACUUUAAGUCUUUUAUUUGAAAACUGAUCAAUUUAUAGAAUUUUGUUUCCUUAUUUACUCCUAUUCCUUUGCUGUGUCGAAUGAUUAAAUCCUGUUAUUUCAUUUGCAUUAAUAUAUAUGGUAGGAAUUUCAAGUAAAUAUCCUAUGCCAUAGUCAACUGCCUACUAUUAAUGGCAAUUUAAAGGUACCUUAGAAAAAUUUACUUAGAACAGACAAGUAAAUAAUUCCUUUCUAAAAACCCCCACCAACAUCAGACAUACCUGUUUAAGUUAUUGACUCAUUUUCAGAUGUUAAAUAAAAGAAACAGAACUUAGCCUCAUAUAUUAGAGAACUAAAUUGUGAUGAAAGAAGACCUAGUUUUUUUUUGUUUUUUUUUUUUUGUUGUUGUUGUUGUUUUUUCCACCCCUUCCCCUUCAACCCCCCGGCCAAUGGAACAAAAAGAGGGAAAGAAACGAUAGUGGAUAUUUACUACAUAAUGCCAACCCAAUAUUAGGUGUUCAGAAAUGGGAUGGGCCCAAGUAGUCUGUUCUGGGCUGAGUUGUUCCUGGAUGGUUCAUGUGGCCCAGGUCAUCCUUUCCUAGAAAAAAAUAGGAAAUUGUGGUGUGAAAAUUGCGGUCUUGAAUCUCCAAAGUUCUGAUAGGGACCUGAGCCAUAGAGAACCUCCGGAAGACCCAAAUCUGGAAGCAGUUUGGAUCAGUGACAACCCAGAGCCAGACCAAAGCUCUAGAAACUGCCAACCCCAAACCAGGAUGCUGGCAGAGACCACAAACCCUGAGCUGGAGGGCAGAUCCCAUCUGCUUCACUAUUUAAAUUCUCAGUAUAAUUCAGUUAAACUCUUGGCACCCCUGUCUCCCCAGUGUCUGUGAACUUUGAAAGAGGGAUUACCCUAAUGCUAAUGGCAAGUCAGCUUGGAUUUGAACCAAGAAAAAUGAAAAUAUUCAGGUUUAGAAUUUCAUGACUUUGAAAGGCAGGGUAGGUUAAUUAGCUCUCACUGGGGCAGAGUUUUGUUUAUUUCACUAAGCUUAAGUCAAAUCUAACAGUUUUCCAAACUUGGGAAGAACCCCUUCUCGAGUCCCAGAGAGAGCAGUCCUCUCUGCAAACGAGUACUUUAAACAUGUGGACUCACCAGGCCUGCUCUGUAUAGGCAGUGUUGGAACUUGCAUAUUGGAUACUGUCUCCGGCCUUCGUCAAACACUCAACCCCAUGAACUUCCUCUCUGAGAGCACAUUUACAGCAUUCCUCCAAUCUCCUAACAGCAUUAGCAUUGAAUUUCAUUUUUAUUCAGAAAGCAUUUUGAGCAUCUAAAAUACACACUGUGGAAAUAAGUAUUAUUUUAAUAAUUCACCAAAGCUACAGUCUACCUUAUGCAUGGGACCAAAACCAUGUAUUUGGGCAUUACUCUUUAUUUCAGAAAGUUGUUUUUUAGUUUC